AUGGCUAAGAGUCUGUUGAUCUGGUGGACGAUAAGCUCUUUGAUUUGGCAAGUAGUUGGAGAAGGAAUAAUUGAGCAUGUACCAGCAAUGUUUAUAUUUGGGGAUUCAUUAGCAGAUGCAGGAACUAACAAUUUCAUUCCAAACUGUACUGCUCGAGCCGACUUUUCACCAUAUGGCGUCUCCUCCUUCCUAAAUCCAACUGGUCGCUUCACAAAUGGCCUCACUGUUUUCGAUUUCAUAGAAAGGGAUGCAUUUGUGAUUGCAGCUACUCAAUUGGAGCUCCCUCUCAUACCUCCGUAUCGCGAACUCCCUUUCAACCAGUCAAUUUAUUCCUAUGGGGCUAAUUUUGCAUCGGGGGGAAGUGGAUUGUUGGAUUCAACAGGCCUUCAGAAGAGAGUUGUUAAAUUGAGUGAUCAGAUAUCGAAAUUUGAAGAAUUCUCUAGGCGUGCAGGUCAGAAGUUGUACCUGAGAAAUUCUUUAUAUUGUAUUUCCAGUGGAGGCAACGACAUUUCGGCCUUCAUCGAGACACAGUUUAAUCUCAGUAGUAAGACAAACACACCAUUCAUCUCUUCUCUGGUUAACACAAAUGGUCGAUACAUCCAAAGGCUUCAUCGUGCUGGUGCAAGAAAAUUUCUGAUACUCGACAUCUCCGCUGUAGGAUGUACUCCUAGUGCCAGACUUAAAGCUUAUUUAUUAUUACAUAACAGUAGUUUUUUAAAAUACAAUGGAGAGUGUGAAAUUUUCGGAAAUGGAAUAGCCCUGGGAUAUAACAUUGCUCUGAAAAAGCUUGUGGAUCACCUGAAUGAAAAACUACAUGGAGUGAAUAUCAUCCUACUUAAUUCUUAUCAAUACUUGGAAAAAAUGUUUUAUUACGGCAAAACUUUUGGUUUUUCAGAAACAAAAUCAGCGUGCUGUGGAUCAGGAAUGUUCCGAGCCAAUGUGAGCUGUGGUCAGACCAAUCCCACAGAUCAGUAUUGCGAUGAUCCAGACACUCAUUUGUUUUGGGAUGCAAUUCAUCCCACACAAAAAGUUUACUCCAUAUUUUCAAAAGAAAUAUGGGGAGGAAAUUCUUCUGUUAUGCAUCCAUUUAACCUUUCCACACUAAUCUUGGGAAUGAAUAAACAAUGA